AGUAGCCCUCCACCUUUCCUCUGCUGAACAAAUCAUUACUGAGGAAGAAAGCAGCACUCAGACUGCAGAGCUGAUAGCUGUUUGGAGUGUUUUCCAACAUGAGGUACAGAAUACCUCUCCUGUCUGUAUCUACACUAACUCCUAUGCUAUGUUCAAGGGAUAUACUGAGUGGCUUCCUUUUUGGCAACAAAAGGACUGGGAAGUAAACAGAAUUCCAGUAUGGCAAAAGGAAAAGUGGCAAGAAAUUCUACGCUUUCUGCUGGUAAGAGUGGGGAUUAUAUCUUGGUUAGUCCAAACUGAAACUUUUAAAAGAACUACAGGAGAAUAUUCAUGGGUAACCUCCGAUGCCCUGGGGAUAGAGCAUUGGAUAAACACCCAUUGGAUAAUUCCAUCAUUUUAAUCUCCUGCCCCUAUGUGGCAGACUCUGUUUUGUUUAUUUUCUACAGAAGAACACCGAGGGACAUGAAGAUCAGAUAAACCAUGAACUUACAGAUUUAAAAUAAAUGCUGUAACAAAGCCUAUAUUUAGUGUAAUAAUCACAUACCAUGGUGUGAAUACCCCUUUUUGUGCUAAAUGACAAAGCUAAUAUUUUCCCUUUCUUUUCUGUUAACUCAAGGUGAUGAUGUUUCAAUACGCUGCAGACUGAGUACCGGAUCCCAUACUGAGCCUGUACACAGUCAAGUUGCCGGAUCUCGUGGCCAGGUUAUAUCUUGUGAAACUCGGAAUCAAGAUUGUUGGCUGAAUUUAACGGCUGUACAAUUGUCCUCCAAAGUCGUGUGUGGUAAAAACAAUACCAAAUAUUGGGGAGAGCUUAAUGUUCAGGUUGUACUACCUACCACACAGCCACCAAUUAGAUUGACUCCAAAAAUUUCUGUCUAUGUAAUAGAAAUUUCUUUCUAUGUAAUCAGGAAAACUGGCCAACAACAAAUGCUAUUUAAUCCAGCAUGGUCUAUCAAACAAGUCAAAUUACUAAUGCAAAACAAUGUCUCAGAGAUUCAGCCAGCUUGUUCACCUUUUUUGCAAACUUCCUUUGAGGGGUGGACAACCUGGUUGCGAAAGCAAAAUUCUUUUCACAAAUGGAUGACAAGAGAUAUAACCGGUGUCGUGGGAUCAGGACUAGGAAUUUUGAAUAGUAUUGAUUCAGAAGUAUUGAUGAAUAAAUUGGCUGUUGCAACUAAAGAUUUGACCAAAAUACAACUACCACUGAGGUCAUCUUUAACUGCUUUGGGAACCCAACAGUGGUUGCUAUUAAACAUAUUACCAAAUUGGGAAAGGGUAAAUGUAGAUGAUCACAAAUUAAUAAUUGAUGCACUCAGUGCUACCCAAAACAAUGUUUCUCUGGCUCUUAGCUGUAUUCAAGCCCAGUUGUGGAUGCAGUCAGUUGAUGCAUCAAUUAUCAGAGAGGGUGAAGAAGGCACCUUUCCCACUGAGAUUCGGAAAAUAGUCUGGGACAAUGCCAAUGACUUUGAAAAGGAAUUUCAAUCUUGGUGGAAUUUGGUAAAUUUUACCUACGAUCCCAUCACAAACCACGAUCCCACCACAAACACAGCCACAGCUUUUGUGUUGACAAUACCAAUUUUGUACAUCCUGAAUUGGAGAAUGAUGAAGCGGUUGACACAAUUGACUUCCAUAAUGGAUGCACACAACAUGAUUGGUACUUUACAUGUUGCUGAUACCCCUAAGGUUAUCGAUACUCGAUGA